UGAGAUAGGAGCCACUUUUUGACUAACUCCAUCAGUGGGGUCUCCUAGCCCGGAGAGAAAGUUUCCCGUUUGUGAGCUUGCCGGUGUGGGUUCUGUUGCUUGUGGUAAUAGCUGUGUUGUGAAGUAGUCGUUAGGACGACGCUCGAGCGACCAUGAUUACGCCGGAGGAAAACACGAUCCCCCUUCAUCCGGUGGAGAUGUGGAACAAACUGAUGGGUCUGCGCGAUCCUCGAACCGUCGAUUGGGUGACGCUUUCAGACCCGAAAUACAUCAUCGUUACGCUCGGACUCUACCUGUAUAUCUCGAAGAUCGCCGGACCGCGCUACAUGGCCGACAAGAAGCCGUACGACCUCAGGCGGACCAUUCAGCUGUACAACAUUUUCCAAGUUGUGGCCAACGUGUACUUCUGCUCGAAAAUUGCCUACCAUGCGUUCGUCAAGUCCGGCUAUUCGGGCUACUGCCAAGGGCUCACCUACGCCGCGGAUUAUCACUCGAUGCAGGUACUCGACAAUCUCUACUAUUACCUCCUCGUUCGUAUUAUCGAUUUCCUCGACACAAUGUUCUUCGUCCUCAAGAAGAAAUUCACUCACAUCACCCAAUUGCACGUAAUCCAUCACACGAUCGUCGUGUUCUCGGGCUGGCAGUUCAUGAAGUUCGGCGGAGACGGUCAAGUCGUCGUAGGCGUGUGUCUGAACUCGAUGGUGCACAUCGUUAUGUAUAGUUAUUACUUCCUCUCGUCGCUCGGACCAGAGGUACAGAAGUACUUGUGGUGGAAGAAGUACUUGACGACGUUCCAGAUUAUUCAGUUUUUCAUCAUGAUCGCGCACACCUCGAUACCGCUCUUCGUCGAGUGCGGUUAUCCCCGAGUUCUUAUGAUGCUCGUGAUACCCCAGGUCUGUCUGAUUCUCGGUCUUUUCGUGAACUUCUACAUACAGAGCUACAUCAAGAAGAACCGUCGUCCAGUCCACAUGGCUAAUGGUUCUUCUAUGGAAAAGAAGAUCGAACUCAAAUCGCAUUGAGUUCCUCGAGAGAACCACGAACGGGAAGCUGUUCGAACGAAGCUCAUGUGCGGUUCCGAACCGUCGGAUCGUUGUUGAAUUCGUGGAAUGAGGAUGAUGGGUUGCAGUGUGAAGGGUAUCGAUAAGCUUUUGUUCGAAGGAGAAUUAUUACGUUGUUAAAUAAUCACUACCCGAGGAACGAUUCGACAAGUCGAAGGAGGAUCAUUCAGCAACGUAGGACUACCGCCCGCUCUGUUAAUGUCAUACUCAUUGUCAGGACUCCGGCAGAAUUCGCCGCCUCAUCUCCAUAAGAAGUGUAUAUAAACUUUGCAUAUUUAAGUUAGAAAUGAAUAAACACAUGAACA